AUGGUCAAGUUCGAUCUCAUCCGCCACGGCGAGUCCUGCUCCAACGUCUUCUUCGCCCAGGACCUAGCCACCGGCAAAUUCACCUCCGGACCCUACGACGACCCCCACCCCGCCAACCUCCCAGCCGGCACCACCUGCGUCAGCGGAGACCACUUCUUCGCCACCGUUCUGACCCCGUACGGUGUCUCGCAGUGCGUCGCCGAGCGCCGCCGGCUCGAGGCUCCUGUCACCGGAUACCCGGCCGACAAGGUCAGGGGUGUGUUCUCGUCACCGCUGGAGCGCGCCGUCGAGACGGCCGUCCUAGCGACGCCGUUUGCGGCGCUGAAAAAGUGCGGCUGGACGCUCAGGCUUGUCCCGCAGCUGCAGGAGGCGGUCAAGUAUCAGUGUGAUGUCUUUUCGAGCCGGGCGCUUCUCGAGAAGCAUGUCGAGAAAACGCGGAGGUUAUAUGUGGAGAUCUUGAAGGCGGAGGGGAGGGAGGGGGAUGCGCAGCUGCUGAAGCGCGUCUGCAUCAGUCUUGAUUGGACUGCUAUGGACGAGGAGGUCGCGUCGGCUGGUGGGUCGAGGACUUGCCAGCUGGUGAACGAGUCUGCGGAGCAGAUCGAGGCUCGCGCGGCAGAUGCGAGGAGGUUCCUUGCCACGCAGGCUGUCGGAGAGAAGGAUGAUCGCUAUCUCAUAUUUACGCACGGGCAGAUCACCGAGUAUCUGCUGGAGAAGCCGCUGUGCAACCCGCCCAAGGCCAAGCUGAUCGCGUUCCUUCUCAAGGGGCCCAACCACCUUCCAGACGGGAUCGAAUCUCCCAGUCUGAGACUCGGCGGGAGCGCGGCUGGGGCCAAAAAAGACACCGAAGCGAGGAUCAAGGAGGGCACAGAGAAGUAUAGGGUCCAGGAGAAGGCGGCUUGGAUCAAGAAGAUGGGCAGGACUCCUGCUAAUGUCCCUACCGAGUGUCUUGACAGGCCUGUGUCUGGCAUGGGUCGGUGGUGGCCUGUCCAGGAUGCAAAGUUUUUCUGCACGACAAGCCUCCCGGAGGACGAGAGGCUGCUCAAGGAACUUGCAAGUGCUGCGGUGGCGGCUUGUAAAAGCCAUAGUCCGGCAAAGCACAUGAAGAGUCUCUGGAAGGGAGGAGAAUAUCCAGAGAAGAUGCUCCAAAGGACUAUCGAUGUGGUGUCGAGGAAGCAGGUUGGACUGUCUGGUCGCAAAGGUUCCCCUUGGUUAGGCUAG